UCACAAACACAAAUCUUUCAUUAACCACAAUGGCUCAAUCGACUUCAAUCACCGUGUUCGUGGUUCUAAUCAUCUCUACCCUGGCUCUAGUCAAUGGGUCUUACCUCUACCCUCAGUUUUAUGACAGGUCAUGUCCAAAGGCUAAAGACAUUGUUCGGUCUGUUGUCGCAAAAGCUGUUGCGAAAGAAGCUCGUAUGGCGGCUUCUUUACUCAGACUCCAUUUCCACGAUUGUUUUGUCAAGGGGUGUGAUGCUUCAAUUCUUCUCGACAACAGCGGAAGCGUAAUUAGCGAGAAGGGGUCCGUCCCUAACCGCAACUCGGCCCGUGGGUUUGAAGUCAUUGAUCAAAUCAAAGCUGCAUUGGAAAAGGCGUGCCCACAAACCGUCUCCUGUGCUGAUAUCAUGGCUUUGGCAGCUAGAGACUCCACCGUUUUGGCUGGUGGACCAAGUUGGGAAGUCCCAUUGGGCAGAAGGGACUCACUAGGUGCAAGUUUGAGUGGUUCAAACCAAAACAUUCCAGCUCCAAACAACACUUUUCAGACCAUUCUCACAAAAUUCAAGCUCAAGGGUCUUGACAUUGUUGAUUUUGUAACACUUUCAGGAAGUCACACAAUAGGAAAUGCUAGGUGCACCAGUAUCAGGCAAAGGCUAUACAACAACACGGGCAACGGGCGGCCAGACUUUUCGCUAGACCAAUCAUACGCAGCAAGGCUUCGCCAGAACUGCCCGAGAUCUGGGGGCGAUCAAAAUCUGUUUUUCUUGGAUCCUGUGUCACCGACAAAAUUCGACAACAAUUAUUACAAGAACCUAAUAGCUAAAAAGGGACUUCUAAGCUCUGAUGAAAUACUUUUUACUCAAAACCAACAAACAAUGCAGUAUGUGAAGCAGUAUGCCGCAAAUCAAGAGCUUUUCUUCCAGCAGUUUGCAAAGUCAAUGGUUAAAAUGGGAAAUAUUUCUCCAUUGACCGGUAAAAGUGGUCAAAUCAGAAAGAUUUGUAGGAAAGUCAACAGUUAAAAUGUGCUUAUCAAACUAUCAUGAUCAAAUUUAGUAACUAUUGUGUUUUGAUGUUAAAAAGUGCUUUUGAUUUUUUACUAUAUCUUGUUAUGAUCAAUAAGAUAAGUAUUGUAAGUUUCAUUUUUUUUUUAA